ACAUAACAAACAGGCAACAGAAACAAAACAUAAAAGAAAAUAAAAAUACACCCAAAAAACUUUUUCAAAGUUUAGUACACCACAGCUGACCCAUUUCCCCUUUGAGUAGCAUCAACUGAAAAAACACUUUUCUGCAACAACCUCAAAACACAAGAGAAAAAUACCACCAUAUCUUCUGUCUUUUACUGGAUACAGCGCCUGGUAUCUUCAUCUAGGAAUUUGAUAGAAUGUUGAGAGGGUCAAAUACGGAUCUGUUUGACCCGAGAACGGAGAUGGACUCCGAUUUUACGCGUGGAAGCUCAGCUUCCGAUGGAGAUUUCGGGUUUGCUUUUAACGAUAGUAAUUUCUCUGACCGGCUUCUGCGGAUCGAGAUCAUGGGUGGCUCGGCUGAGAAUAGAGCCGAUGGUGAAGGUUGUACUAGUAUCAUUGAUUGGGCCAGGCAUCGUAAGAGGAGGAGAGAAGAUAUCAAGAAGGAUAUUAAUAAUGGCGAUCUCUCUGUAGGUGCAGAGGAGCAGAUUUUAGGUAGUAUCCAACCUGACAUGGAUGAUUGUGUGGGGUGUGACAAUCAGGAUGAGGAAGCAGAGGCAAUGGUUGAAGGGUCACCUUCAGGUGAUGAAGCUGCAGAUGGCACCGAGUCAUCUUGGAGCAUGGAUUGCUCUACAGUUGUGAGAGUUAAAACAUUACACAUUAGCUCUCCUAUUUUAGCUGCCAAAAGUCCAUUUUUCUACAAGCUAUUCUCAAAUGGAAUGAGGGAGUCAGAACAGCGGCAUGUGACACUACGCAUCAACGCCUCUGAGGAAGCAGCCCUUAUGGAGUUACUGAAUUUUAUGUACAGCAAUACACUAACUGCUUCUCAGGCUCCCCAAUUACUUGACGUGCUAAUGGCUGCUGACAAGUUUGAGGUAGCUUCAUGCAUGAGGUAUUGCAGUCGACAAUUGCGUAACCUACCCAUGAAGCCAGAGUCUGCUUUGCUUUAUCUGGAGCUUCCAUCCAGUGUCUUGAUGGCUGAAGCUGUCCAGCCAUUAACUGAUGCAGCAAAGCAAUACCUUGCAGCCCGUUACAAGGACAUGACCAAGUUCCAAGAAGAGGUGAUGGCACUUCCCUUGGCUGGAAUUGAAGCAAUACUGUCUAGUGAUGACCUGCAGGUGGCUUCAGAAGAUGCUGUGUAUGACUUUGUGUUGAAGUGGGCUAGGGCUCAGUAUCCAAGAUUGGAAGAGCGGCGUGAAGUCCUGGGAGCACGCCUAGCACGCUAUAUUCGCUUCCCUUACAUGACUUGCCGGAAGCUUAAGAAGGUUUUAACUUGUACUGACUUUGAGCACGACGCUGCAUCCAAGCUUGUGCUUGAGGCUCUCUUUUUUAAGGGUGAGCCACCACACCGGCAGCGAACCCUGGCAGCAGAGGAAUCAGCCACCUUGAAUCGUCGUUUUGUGGAGCGUGCAUACAAGUAUCGGCCUGUAAAAGUGGUAGAGUUUGAACUGCCCAGGCAGCAGUGUGUGGUGUACCUGGACCUGAAACGGGAGGAAUGUGUCAAUUUGUUCCCUUCUGGACGGGUAUACUCUCAGGCAUUCCACCUGGGUGGACAGGGGUUUUUCUUGUCAGCACAUUGCAACAUGGACCAGCAAAGCUCUUUUCAUUGCUUUGGUCUGUUUCUAGGGAUGCAGGAGAAGGGGUCAGUUAGUUUUGCUGUCGACUAUGAAUUUGCAGCUAGGUCGAAGCCAACAGAGGAGUUUGUUAGCAAAUACAAGGGAAAUUACACGUUCACUGGUGGCAAGGCAGUUGGCUACCGAAACUUAUUUGCCAUACCAUGGACUUCCUUCAUGGCUGAGGAUAGUCCUUAUUUCAUAAAUGGCGUCUUGCAUCUUAGAGCGGAGCUUACUAUCAGGCACUAAUUUAAUCCCUCUCUUGUAAGCUUUCUGAUUUAGAAGUCCUAAGCCCUUUGAUUUCCUUCUUAAACUCGACCAAAUAUGAAAUGUAAUAAGUAGGUACUAUGCAUUGAUUUAGUUUUGGAAUGGAUGUUGAGAUAUGACUAGAGAUGUUCCUUUUUGUUCCAGGCUGAAUGGUGCUCGGAAAUGAGUAGGGAAAUGUAAAUGUGGUUAGAUCUUGUCCAUGGAUCUCUGUUCUGACCAGUUUUAUAUUAAGAAUGCAAACCGUGAACCAUACAA